AUGCCACCACUAAGAUCCCACCUUCAACGCUUUGCCCAGCGCUUCAAGAACGACCCCGUUCAUUACUUCGUCGCGAUGACCCCCAUUGCAUCAGGUCUGUUAUUAGGCCUGGACCUCUCCAAAUGGCGACUCAACAAAUACCUCAGGGAACAGAUAGAACAAGGAUAUAUAGAAGUCCAGAUCGAACCCAAGGAACCCGAACAAGCCUUCAAAGAUAUGGGUCUUCUCCUAAAGAAACAUGGUAUCGAGACGGAAGAUAUUGUGUCUCGCACACGCAAGGAAAGUCCAAAUUGUAGUAUUAUGUGGAAUUUCGGAGGCGUAUUGAAAGCUUUCGCGGAGUUUAAGGAAGAGGAAAAGAGAAGAAAGAAUGAAGGGGGGAAGGAGGAAAAAGGAAGUUUGGUUGCUGUGCGUGAGCGCGAGAGGGGAUGCGGAAUUGGUGCCUAG